UGGAGACGGCGCGUGGCGGCGGCAGCAGCAGCGGCUGCGGUGGAGAGCGACCUGGGCUCGUGGGCCUCUGGGCCUGGCUCGGGCAUCCAGGAUGUUUGUCCUGGUGGAGAUGGUGGACACGGUGCGAAUCCCGCCGUGGCAGUUUGAAAGGAAGCUCAAUGAUUCCAUCGCAGAGGAGCUCAACAAGAAACUGGCCAACAAGGUCGUGUACAACGUGGGGCUUUGCAUCUGCCUGUAUGACAUCACCAAGUUAGAGGACGCCUAUGUGUUCCCGGGGGAUGGUGCGUCCCAUACCAAAGUCCAUUUCCGCUACGUGGUGUUCCACCCCUUCUUGGACGAGAUCCUCAUUGGCGUGAUCAAAGGCUGCAGCCCAGAUGGAGUUCGUGUCUCUCUUGGGUUCUUUGAUGACAUCCUUAUUCCCCCGGAAUCUUUGCAGCAGCCUGCCAAGUUUGAUGAGGCAGAACAGGUGUGGGUUUGGGAGUAUGAGACAGAAGAAGGAGCCCACGACCUGUACAUGGACACUGGGGAGGAGAUCCGCUUUCGUGUAGUGGACGAGAGCUUUGUUGACACAUCCCCAACAGGGCCCAGUUCUGCUGAGGCUUCUACAUCCAGUGAAGAGACCCCCAAAAAAGAAGCCCCUUACACCCUCGUGGGAUCCAUCAGUGAACCAGGCUUGGGGCUUCUGUCUUGGUGGACUAGCAGUUAAUAAUGGUCAGAGGACACUCCGUGUGCUGACAGCCAAGGCCCAAGAGGCCAAGGCCCAAGUAUGGAGUGCUAGAGAGGCUGGGCUGCUGGCCUCAGCUUCCCCAGGAGCCCUUUGGCCCCUGCUGCACCCUGGCCUCCUCUCAUCAGUCAAGGUAUGACCAGUGGGGACUGAGAAGACCCCUCAAACCCCAUUCUCCACCCCCAGCCCUGUGCCAGUGGGGGGGUGGCUCCCACCCCAAACCAAGAUUAGGGGAGAGCCUUGGGACUGCUGGCAGCUUCACAGUGUCCUCUGCCUCUGCGUGGACCCACUCUCGUCUACAGGAAAGAACAGUGGCUUUGGAUUUGACUUGGUGACCCUGGGAAUGUCCCUUCCUGCCAUGGGCCUCAGUUCCUCUCAGCUCAGAAUCCCCUGGUCCUGCCCGAAGCCGACUGACCUGUCCAGCGGCUGCCACCUUUCUCUGAGCUGUCUGGCCUCUGGCCUGCAGCAGCCGGAGCACCCUGAGUAGGGCUGAGACAUUCUGGUUGGUCAGUCACCAAGCCAGAGCUGGCUCAGUUUCAGCCCAUCCCCUCCAAGGAAAGGGUGGCCCCUGCCUCGGUUUCUGUAGCUGCACCCUGAAUCUCCCCCCCAGGGAGCUCCCUCGAUGUUUAGGACUGUCCUUGAAGCCUGCUGGGGGAGUGUCAAACAGGGUUCACACCUCAUGGGUAGGGGCAGGUGGGGAGACUCCCACAAGUCCCUGUUCAUGCUGCCUGCCUCCCCGGACAAUAAAAUGGCCUUUGCUGGUAAAAA